AUGGUUUUAUUCACUGCGGUUAAAGCUCGAGCUGCACGUUAUCAUCUCUCUGCAAACUACACUCAUCGAAGCACAAUGCAGAGCUCCACCGUUGCCGUGAUGAAGUUGGACUCACCCAUCAACGUUCAAAAGGUGUCCCACACAGAGAAUGCGACCUCCUCCGCUCCGAGAUUACAAUGCAAAUUCUACUUGCAACAAAAAAACAGGCGAUGUGGGAUGACGCGAAGACCAGAUCUUGAGUACUGCUCGGUGCAUUCAAACCUUAUAAACCAAGAUUUCAGCACCAGCAAGGGCCGCCGGAUCCCAUGCCCCAUUGAUCCUCGACACUCCGUUUGGGAAAAAGACGUGGCUCGCCAUGUUCGCAGAUGCAAUACUACCAAGAAAAACGCACCUCCGGUCGAUUGUCCUUGGUUCAAGCUUAAUUAUAAUUUAAAGUCACCCAGCCCUGACGUUUCCUGUGACGCUGCUAACGAAGCCACUAUUUUACGUGCCAUUCCCAUCUUGAUUCGCUGUCACGACAACCGCUUUGGCCAAACGCCUUUGCCACUAGUGGUCAAAAAUAACAAGACCCUCGAGUCUCAGCGGUUCCCUCAGCUCCCGGGUUCCAAAAAACAUGCUCUUCAACAGUCUUCUUUGAUUCAGCACUUGGUCGAAAACUCCAUGAUCCCUACCAAAAAUGACGAGAGCACUGCAUACAUCGAGUUCGGGUGUGGACGUGCUGAAUUCUCACGCUACGUCAACCGCAGCGUUUUUGAUCAUCAACUGGAAUCUACAUCCGAGCCCGCUGCGCGUUCAAGAUUCAUACUAAUCGACCGCGCCUCCAACAGAAUGAAGUUCGAUUCCAAAUUCAAGGACGACCUCGACGAACUCUAUCCGAAAGACACGCUUCCAGAAUCGCGCACUUAUCCAGUGCUAGACCGCAAGAAGAUCGAUAUUAAGGAUCUUUACAUCGAUAACCUUCUCCUGAACGGCGGCGACCAUCCCUGUGUGACGAUUUCAAAACAUCUCUGUGGGGUGGCCACAGACCUAACAAUUGCGUGUUGUCUCAAUAGCGACGUUCUGCAUCGACAAUCCAAAAAACUGCGUGGUAUGGUCAUAGCCAUGUGCUGCAGACACGUUUGUGAUGCGCAACAGUAUGUGAACCAGCCCUUUAUCGAGGAGCUGAUACAAGACACCGGCAUUUCCUACUCGAAUUUCUUCAAUUCUUUGAAGAAGAUCGCGUCUUGGGCUGUGUGUGGCCGGAAGGCCGGGGUCCAAGACAGCGACGUCAACAACCAUUUCACAAACCUGCCUGUUCUUGAACGUGAAAAACUGGGAGAAAAGGCUAGACGAAUUAUAGACGAGGGACGUGCCGAGCACCUACGACGCCACGGUUACCGGGCAACUUUGAUCAGAUAUAUCGAGCCUGCCAUCUCUCUCGAGAACGUGGCCAUGAUAGUGAACCGAGAGUAG